GCACGAAUUCUUUAAAAUUUUUGCCGAGUGGCAUUUGAAGGGCGCGGGAGCGCCAAGGCAGCCUGUGUAGCUGGCAUAGUGUAGCCGGCUGUCAUAAGAGGCAGUGCUGACGACCGGAGGUGCUGCAGCGAUCUCUAAAUCCAAAAAAACUUGAAACACUGAGCAAACCGAUGCGCGACGACGCCGCCGACGCGGGCGCUCGGCCCGCACCGAUGGCCGAGACCGAUGCGCCACCGACCGACACCACCGAUGCGUCGACGGCGCCAGCAGACAACGAAGAGGCCGUGCCGCGCUACGUCGUCUUACUAGCAAUGUGCGCCGCGUUAAAUUCGUGCAACCUCGGCUACGACAUCGGCGUGAACAGCGGUGUGGGCCCCCACCUGCAAGCGAAAGGAGAAGGCAUGAAUUUAUCAGACCUACAAUUAGAAUUAUUUUUUGGCAUCUUCGGUUUAGCAGCAAUGCUAGGCGCGGCAGUAGCCUACACGGCGUCGGACGGUUUCGGGAGGAGGAAGGCCUUCGCGUGUACUUCUGCAACCUUCAUUAUUGGAGUUUUGUGGACCGCGGCGGCCACGUCCUACGCGUCAUUGAUGUGCGGACGCUUCGUCACCGGUCUCGGCGUCGGCCUCGGCCUAGCAAUAGACCCGGUCUACAUCGCGGAGGUCUCGCCCCCGAAGCAUAGAGGUAGAUUAGUGACGUGGAGCGAGACCGCAACGAACGUGGGUAUAUUGUUAGGAUUCGUGUCCGGUUUUGGAUUCCGAAACGCGGGGGAGGUGGGAUGGCGCUCGAUGCUCGCGCUGGGUGCUAUUAUACCGUCCGUGUUACUGGUGCUCGUGUUUACGUUCAUGCCGGUCCGCGCGCGGCGUCCGUCUCUUCGCGGCGCGGCGCUUGCCGUGCCUUCGCGUCGGUGGCGUCGGGUGCCACCCAUAUCGCCGCGACGUCGCUUCCGUGCGCCCCUGACGCGGCGAUGGCGUCUCGACUGGCGCCGCCGCGACGCCAUCGACGCGACCCACCACCAGAGAUCUCACGACGCCCACGACGCGCCCGCUCCCCGCGCAGGAGUCGCCGCGCUGGCUCGUAGCGAAGGGUCGCAGCGAGGAGGCCAAGCUCAUUCUGCGGAGGUGCUAUCCACCUAAUGCUGAUGUGGACGCCGUCGUCGCGGCGAUACAAGCCGCAAUUACCGAAGAGCGCAACGCGUCCAACGCCUACGGCUGGUCCGCGUUGUUGUGGCGGCCGACGAAGACGACGAAGCGCAUGCUCAUUGUGGGCGUCGGCGUCGCGAUGUCGCAGCAGACGACCGCGAUCGAAGCGAUCCAGUACUACAUCUUGUAUAUUCUGGCGGACGCCGGCGUCGAGGCGCGGUCCAAGCAAUUUGGGAUAUUAUUACUUAUUGGAUGUAUCAAGGUUGUGGUCAUUGUGGUGGCUGGUAGGCUCUUUGACCACCCUCGUCUAGGCAGGAAGCCUUUAUUAACGCUGUCGAACGCGGGCUGCGGAGGAUGCCUACUUUUGUUGGCCAUCGCGACGGCGACGAGCUCAGCACCACUAGCGAUUCUGGCGCUCGCAUUGUACGUGACGUUUUUCAGUCUGGGCGCGGGCCCGGGGAUAUGGCUCGUCGCGUCGGAAGUGUUCUCGCUCGGCAUCCGCGGCAAGGCGAUGUCCAUGGCGACGACGGGCAACCGGGCGCUGGCGACGUUGGUCAGUGCGACGUUCCUGUCGCUGAAGAACGCGCUGGGUGAUGUGGGAUUUUUAUUACUCUUCAGCGCGUUGUGUUGCGGGAACGUGAUUUUCAUUCGGUAUUUAGUGCCGGAGACCAAAGGAAAGUCACUGGAGGAGAUGCUCGCCUACUUCGAGGACCUGGCCGGCGAAUCGGCGCGCAAGGAGAUCGAGCUGCCUGCUUCCCGCUCGCCCGAGGCGACGCCCGAGGCGACCAUGGUGUAGUUUUGUAAUGUACAUGUAUUUCUUACUCACACGCCACCACGCCAUCGCCGCGACUCACAAGCCUCCACGCCAUCGCCGCGACUCACAGGGUAGC